UCUCGCUCCUCACACAACGAGGCUCUUUAAGCCCCGGCGCGCGACACAGAGCAGGCAUUCAGAGCGCGAGCGAGGGGGCUGAACCGACGGACUCUCGCGCUGGGCGGGCGACCUGCUUCAGUGCAGUUUUUCAUCAGAUCUAUAUCCUCGGGAAGACGGCGGAUGGAUUCAUUCUGAAAGAACGGACAUUGUGAAAAAAAAAAAAACAAGCGUGUUGAAUUUCCUCUGAAGGACCUAAAAUACAUAUUCAAUAAUAAUAAUAAAAAGUAUAGUUUUAGUAAAAAUACUAAAAAAUAGUUUUUAGAGAAUUAAAAAAAAAAGGCCCUGUGAGGAAAAACUAGACCUACCGCAGACACCUGUGGCCGCAGAGCGAGAGGACCGAUGUCGGCGGAGGAGCACAGUAUGUCAGAGGUGGAAAUGAGUCCCGGGGUCUCGGACGACGGUCACUCCAUGUCCCCCGGUCACUCGUCCGGUGCUCCCGGCGGGGCGGACUCCCCUCUUCCCGGUCAAGCGUCUCAGAUGCAGGGCGUCGGUGAUGAUGAGCCCGGAGUCUCCGCCGGGGUGUCGGUGAAGUCCGACGAAGACGACGACCGCUUCCCCAUCGGCAUCCGUGAGGCGGUCAGUCAGGUGCUCAACGGCUACGACUGGACGCUCGUGCCGAUGCCCGUGCGCGUGAACUCGGGCAGCAAGAGCAAGCCGCACGUGAAGCGGCCGAUGAACGCGUUCAUGGUGUGGGCGCAGGCGGCGCGCAGGAAACUAGCGGAUCAGUAUCCGCACCUGCAUAACGCCGAGCUCAGUAAAACACUCGGAAAACUCUGGAGGCUGCUGAAUGAGUCCGAUAAGAGGCCGUUUAUCGAGGAAGCCGAGCGUUUGAGGAAGCAGCAUAAGAAAGAUUACCCUGAGUACAAGUACCAGCCACGUAGACGCAAGAACGGCAAACCGGGAUCCAACUCUGAGGCCGACGGCCACUCUGAGGGUGAGGUCAGUCACAGCCAAUCGCAUUACAAAAGCCUGCACCUGGAGGUGGCACAUGGCGGGGCCGCAGGAUCACCAUUGGGCGAUGGACACCAUCCACACGCUACAGGUCAGAGUCAUAGCCCUCCGACACCCCCUACCACUCCUAAAACAGAAUUACAGGGCGGUAAAUCCGGCGAGGGGAAGCGUGAAGGCGGAUCCUCCAGGAGCGGUUUAGGGGUCGGAGCAGACGGAAGCUCCGCCUCCUCUUCCGCCAGCGGAAAACCGCAUAUUGAUUUUGGAAAUGUGGACAUUGGCGAGAUCAGCCAUGAUGUGAUGGCCAACAUGGAGCCAUUCGAUGUAAACGAGUUCGACCAGUACCUGCCGCCCAAUGGGCAUCCGCAGUCGUCGAGUGGCACAAGCGUCGGCUCUUCGGCUUCGCCAUACACUUACGGCAUCUCCAGUGCAUUGGCGGCCGCUAGCGGUCACUCCACCGCCUGGCUUUCCAAGCAGCAGCUGCCGUCCCAGCAGCACUUGGGAUCAGAUGGCGGGAAAACGCAGAUUAAGAGUGAGACGCACUUCUCCAGUGAUGCAGCGGCUGCGGCGAGUGGCUCGCACGUCACCUACCUGCCACACUACAGCGCCGCCUUCCCUUCGUUGGCAUCCCGCGCGCAGUUCGCCGAAUACGCCGAGCACCAGGCAUCCGGCUCGUACUAUGCCCACUCUAGCCAGACUUCUGGCCUCUACUCCGCCUUCUCCUACAUGGGCCCCUCGCAGAGGCCCCUGUACACCGCCAUUCCAGAUCCCGGCUCUGUGCCACAGUCGCACAGCCCAACGCAUUGGGAGCAGCCCGUAUACACCACCUUAUCACGACCGUGACACAACGUUCUGGUUUGGUAUCCAGUCGCUGAAGGGUCCAACAGAAGUGUGACUGAAAAUCAUGACACAUGCUCACCUGCACCACAAUCUGCACAGACUGAAAUCUGAGAGAAACUUGCGUGUGUGGAGAUCUGCAGGGAACAUAUUCUCACGUGCCUCAGGCUUAUAAAACCUUCACGACCCGACACAGAUUCACUCAACACUAGAUGAAGGAGGCCGAAAUUUGACACCAGUGGUCCUUCAUGAGACAUAUUACCAAAGUUCUGAGACCAAAACAUUACAAAAA